AUGCAUGUAAUCCUAACCGGCGCAACGGGGCUCGUGGGCUCUACGACUCUGCUCGCAUUGAUGAGCAUGAAAGACAUCGCCAAGAUCUCUAUUCUGAGUCGUCGACCGGUGCCCAUGCUUGAUGCGAUGAAGGAUGAACGUGUUGAGGUUAUAAUUCAUGACAAUUUCGAGAAAUACGAUUCAACAUUACUUGACCGCCUCAGAGGUGCAAAUGGGUGCGUGUGGGCACUUGGUAUCAGCCAAAAUGCCGUGGGUAAAGAAGAAUACAUCCGUAUUACAAAGUCAAUGACACUCGAAGCGGCUCAGGCCUUUGGGAAGAUUAAAUCGGAUUCUAAAAAUUUCAGCUUCGUCUUCGUGUCGGGAGAAGGUGCGACAAUGGAGCCGGGCUUUUUCACGCCUCUCUUCGGUCGUGUCAAGGGCGAGACAGAAAUCGCCCUUAUGGAGCUUGAGAAAAAGAUCCCUCACUUGCGACCAGUCAUAGUUCGUCCCGCUAUGGUUGAUUAUGAGGACCAUGAUGAACUGCAACAGUGGAUUCCGUCAGCAACUGGCCUGAAGCGGUUGGCAGAAAGUAUUUUGGGUCCAAUCAAACGAAGUUCAGUCAAGACAAUGCAUAGCCCAACAAAACCUUUUGGCGGAAUUAGCGACGGGAUCAUUGGAUAG